AUGACCUUCGCCGUUCGGGGACGGUCGCCCGUUAUUCGGAACUUGCGGAAGGCCGAGUUGGGUUCUCUCAUGUUUCGCUACACUGGGCCUGUGGACAAGGACUCACCGUCGUGGAAGCGCACUGACUACGUCGUUCACUGCCGCAAUGCCCGACAAGUUGCUCGGAACAUGAUCGGCAACGAGGACUUCAAUGGCCGGUUCGAUACGACUCCUUAUCAGGAGUACAGCGCCCCUAAUACCACACGCUUCUCGAACUCAAUGUCGGGGCAAUGGGCGUAUAGACAAGCAACGAAGAUUGCGGAGGAUCCGGAGAGCCAUGGAUCGAUGUUGUCCCCGAUGAUCCUCGGCGCUGACAAGACGACUGUAUCUGUCGGAACUGGCAAUUCAGAGUUCCAUCCAUUAUACAUGUCAGUGGGCAAUGUCCACAACUCGGUCAGACGUGCACACAAGGAUGCAAUUAUCCCGAUCGCUUUCUUGGCGAUACCAAAAGCUGCACGAGGCGAAGCCGAGACUGAUGAGUUCCGAACGUUCCGCAAACAGCUGUACCACGUGUCAAUAGCGCACAUCAUGUCGCCACUGCGGCCUUAUAUGGAAACCUACAACGUUGUAUGCUGCCCCGACGGUCACUUCCGACGAGUGAUAUAUCAACUCGGGCCGUUCAUUGCAGAUUAUCCCGAGCAAGUCGUCCUAUCAGGGAUAGUGACCGGGUGGUGCCCGAAGUGUCUCCUUCCUCCCGAAGAUCUAUACAAAGGUGGAGGAGACCCACGCUGUCGUGAUCACACCGAAGAGGUCAUCAAUACAUUCGAUGCUGACGAAGUCUGGAUUGCAUGGGGAAUCGACGCGAACAUCAUACUGUUCACGACGUACUUCCCCCGUGCCGACAUCUACGAACUCCUCACCCCUGAUCUCCUCCACCAACUCAUCAAGGGGACCUUCAAAGACCACCUCGUCGACUGGGUGGAGCAGUAUCUUUACCUCGUGCAUCCCAAAGUCAAAGCUCGUCGAAGAAUGGAUGAUAUAGACCGCAGGAUUGCCGCUGCGCCUCAAUUCCCAGGACUUCGCCACUUUCCCGAAGGACAUAACUUCAAGCAGUGGACUGGAAACGACUCGAAGGCCUUAAUGAAGGUCUACCUUCCCGCCAUACAAGGUCAUGUGCCGGACAAUAUGGUUCGCUGCUUUGCGGCAUACCUAGACUUCUGUUAUCUGGCUCGACGGUCCGCUCAUGAUGAAGGUUCUCUCGCGGCGAUGCAAGAAGCCUUAGAUCGCUUCCACCGAUAUCGUGUCAUAUUCGAGACUGUUGGCGUACACCCUGAGGGUUUCUCGCUGCCACGACAACAUGCCCUCGUCCACUACAUUACUGGCAUUCGACUUUUCGGUUCGCCCAAUGGUAUAUGCUCGUCGAUCACCGAAUCUAAACACAUCCGUGUGGUCAAGCAGCCAUGGCGACGAUCGAGUAGGAAUAACGCUCUGCUCGAAAUGCUUUGCACCAACCAACGCCUCGACAAGCUCAGUGCCGCGCGGUCAGUCUUUGCCAACCGGCACAUGCUUGACGGCGACGUCCUCACGGACGCGAUGAACGUGGCUUUUGUAACCGAAGAUCACGAUGGACUCUAUAUGCGCCGUGUUGAGGAGCUUGCUGCCGAGUACAAACAGCCAGACCUUCUCGUUUUGCUCCGCCGCUUUCUCUUCGACCAACUGUAUGCCACAGAUGAAAUUGACUCAAGCAUGGUGGACCUAUCAGAAUUGAAUGCUACGUUCUUCGCGCCAAGCGAACUCUCUGGUGAUCGUGGCAUGCACCGGGAGCUCAUUCGGUGCAACCCUUCUUGGCGCGGCAACCCGCGUUACGAUACAGUCCUCAUUGGUGUUGACGCGGAUGAGCCCGGCAUGAAUGGGAUGGCUGUCAGUCGGGUCAUGGGGCUGAUGGCGGUCACAUACAGUGGUAUACGCUAUCCGUGCGCACUGAUUGAUUGGUUCGACGUCUUAGAGGAUCCAAGCGAUGUGAUUGGCAUGUACGUUGUUCAGCCCGAGCUCGAUGAUGAUGAACAGCAGGUAUUUCUAUUUCGUGCUGUUCACCUGAUGCCACUGUAUGGAGAUGCUUCGAUACCAGUCGACUUUCAUUUCUUGUAUAGCCUAGAUGCAUUUGAAUCAUUCUAUGUAAAUAAGUACAGUGACUACCAUUCACACGAAACUAUAUUUUAG